CUGAGCGUGAAAAUCGGGGACUCAAGAAAUAACUCAGCGAUCACACAACCAGCGCUAAAUAUGUCCAUUGCCCAGUUUACGCCUCUACCAUCAGGUUCUUCACCAGCCAUGAGAAACCGUUCGGGAGCCAAGUAGCAUGUCCGCCGGCCGGAAGUAUCGAAAUAGAAUGAAAAAUCGGCUGGAUUAUCUUCUGGAAGAAAUGUUGGUUUAAACGACGACGAGAAAUCUGAUAAGUAUAGCCAGUUCCAGGAUGUCACCAACAAAUUUUCGGUUUUUAUAUCGCCAUGGUAAAUGUCAUGAGAAUGGCAAUCCCGGAGGGCAGAAAGUAACUGAAGGAUUAAAACAUACGGAGAAUGGCCUUGACAUAUGGAUCUAGUUCCAUGCUCGGAUACGGCUUCAUUAUCACUUUAACAAAAACGAGGCCAUUUCUGUGCCUAGCGCGUAUGCUCUUCAUGAACCUUGCAGUGCCUAAGGACUUUUCGUACACAAGGUCCGCGAGCUCUGGCACAUCGAUGCCCGCAGAGCCAGCGGAAAGCGUGCUAUCCUUGACUUGGUGAAUCCCGAUUGCAAAGACUUGUUCAUAUCAGGGCUCCUUGCUGAUCCUUUCAGGAUUGUUUAACACGGCGUUUCAACGCCUAGACUGUGGCAACAACUUGUCAUGACGCACUGGUGUGUCGUCUGCUUCAAGCCAGCGACGUUAGGCGAUGGAUGGUUUUGCCGUUUGUAUGAUGUUCUUGCUCCAGGCCCCAUGAUGUGAUUAGCUAAGCAGAUGAAUCACAUGAUGUUUAAGUUGAACCUUGUUUUGCAGCCGCUACUGUGGCGACCUCCCUAAGAUCACAUGCCUCACUAUGGAGUACUCUGUCAUACUGGAGACUAGCUAGAUUUUCAGGGUUAAACUUUUAUGAGAUUCAUUCGGGUGUGUUACCGCGUCCGCGUUAUUGUCUAUCAAGACAUAGCGAAACAAUGCCGGGCCCAAGGAUUUUGUCAAUAACCCCACCGACUGACGAUGAAUUUGCGAUGCCAUAUAUUUCCGAAAAUGAACCUGUGGGGUCAAUUAUCCGGAAGCUCUCGAAGUAUAUUAUUCAAGCAAUUCCAGAUACACCAUACAGUUUUGACCAGAUGCGGGCAACCACAGCUGGAUACCCUUUAAAAGGGCUAGCAACAUCUUUGUCGGACAAUGUGCACAACCCUUCUCUCAUAUCAGCUUUAAUGAUUUUAAAAUGGCAGUUUUGCAACCAGGAGGAUGAUUAUUGGGGUCUUAACGAGAGUCGAGGAUAUGCCUGUGAAUUUGUUGCCUGGCAGUUCUUAACAUAUCUUUCCCCUAGAGAUACCAUUGAAUACCUGCUCGAUGAACUUUCAGAGACAUGUAUUCAGCCAACGUCUGAGAAUGAUCCCGAAAGUUAUGCUGAAGGGUCAUUCAGCAAGCCUCAAAUAGGUUCAAGUCAAAAUGACUAUGAACGUCGACCGCUUUUACUCCACGCUUCACCUCUUUCGCGACUUUUGGGAUAUGGGACAACUAGAAACACCAAGUAUUCACAACGAAGCGAGGAUAUCACUGGCACGAACUCUUCAGAAGAAGGGUUCGAAUCUGACGUAUAUGACAUGUUUUGCGGUCUUAACGCCUUGGAAAUUGCAGCAAUCGCAAACGCAAAGAAGCUUUUAUCACAAACUAUCGUCCAGAAAGUGGUCAACGGCGUGUGGACUGGAGCAAUAGUAUUAUGGGAUUCUUUGAGUGUCCAUUCGAAGAAAAAACCACAGUUGUUCCACAAAAGAAUGACUGAUCCCUACUGCCGAUUGCAAGUUCCACUUUAUCGCAAAGCAUUCGAGGCUGUGUUUUUCUUGUCCUUUUUAACUUUAUACUAUGCUGUUCUGAUGGCCAGGAACCCUCUGCGAAUCAGCCCCAUCGAAAUAUUGCUGUACAUUUGGAUUGCAGCAUUUGCAUAUGACGAAAUUAGCGGCCUAUCAGAUACUGGGAUGAUGUUCUAUCAAAUGAACUUCUGGAGUCUAUGGGACCUAGGGAUCAUUGGGACAGGUUUUGCAUUUCUUAUUGCUAGAAUAAUCGGUUUGAGUCAAGGAAGUGCAUAUGUCACGGACAUAUCCUUCGAUAUCCUAUCGUUAGAAGCAUUGUUUUUAGUUCCAAGGGUCUGCUCUCUGAUGAGCUUGAAUUCCUACUUCGGUAGCCUGAUACCCGUACUCAAGGAGAUGACAAAAGCCUUCCUAAAGUUUCUGCCCGUGGUCGUGAUCCUGUAUAUUGGCUUUCUCACCACUUUCACGAUGUUAGCACGGGAUCGAUUGACCCUGCGGCAAAUGUCGUGGAUUUUAGUCAAGGCCUUCUUUGGGUUGAACUCGCUCGGAUUCGACAUCGCUCAAGAUAUUUCGCCCCUUUUCGGCUAUCCUCUUAUGUUGGUAUUCGUCUGCAUGACGAACAUUCUCUUGAUAUCUUCAGUUACUAGUUUAAUGAGCUUGAGCCUAACGGAAAUUAUGGCCCAUGCUCGAGAGGAGUAUCUCUUCCAACUUUCCGUUUAUGUCCUUGACAGUGUUAACUCCCGGCGUCUGACUUACUUUCUGCCCCCACUUAACCUGAUACCAUUGCUCUGCAUUCGCCCUCUCCGGCUAUUCUUACCUGGUGAAUCGAUCCGCCGGGUCCGUAUAGUCCUGUUGAAGGUAACUCAUUCACCAUUUGUGGGCAUUAUUCUUGCGUAUGAGAGUAGUAGACGCUAUGUUACUCGACAGAACCAUUCACCAAUGGCAACCUCGUCAUCUCGUCCCCCUCCCGUAAGUCAAGUGAGGGUCCCGGUUCACAAACUGUCGCUCCGUCAUCGUCGAGGCUUUUCCAGGCCUGUGCCUUUGCCGGGGAGAGAUAUAGUGGCCCCGGUGCCCCACCGUGGCCCAAGUGGAGUAGACCCAGGGCCGACCGCGGACCCAGUUCACCUGGCAGAUGUGGUCCAAACUGUGGAUGGCCUUCGCAGACAGGUCGAACAGUUAGCUGCAACAAUUUCUUCCAACAAGAAUCAUUGAAACUCCAGUUUUUUACGCCAGUGCACUAUGCAGUUUCUGGCCAAAUUAUCCGUUCAGAGACGCAGGAGGGUAUGUACUGUAUUUUCAAUGUUGUUGGUAGGUAAGGUACGUCGGCUGGUAUUUUGUAUGAAAGUGCACCUUUGUGGCUGUUGGUUCCGGAAUUUUCCACGCACAUCUGAUCCACUCGAUUUCAUAGCACAUUGGCAAAUUUAUCCGCUUGUACACGCCUCGCGCUUCGCCCCUCCCCCAGUAGAUCACCCGCAAAUACCCCACCUACUAUUUUACGCUCUUGCUAAAAAUGACCACACGCAAAAAGCGCAGCAUACUCUGUUUAGGCAGGAUGUGUAGGGGAUCAUUGACGCCCGAACCGAUGCAACCAGAACUACACAUGUACCUGUUUUGUUCGUUUAAACCUCCCGUUUUUGCUCAGUUCUCUUAGUGCCCAGGCUUGCACCCAACUAAACCGUUGCAAGUGCUCGGACUUGUAUGACCAGAUGCAUGCGCAACCACUCUGUCGGGUUUGUCUAUACCAAUUUGGGCUCCACCAUCGCUCUUCGAACGCUCUAUGGGGCCGCUUCAUGUGAAUGGAGGGUACAGUGCAUUUCUGGAGCUGUGGCAGGACAUUUUUCUUUUCUUUUCUUUUCUUUUCUUUUUUUUUUUUUUUUGUUAUUUU